CUUACGACUGAGAGUCGACAGAGAUACCGAAUAUCAAUUAUUAUCAACAUAACCUCUUCAGUUUCAAUUUCUAACUAAUUCAUGUGAUUUCAAGAUUGUUUCUACUAUAUGGUAAUUCAAUUAAUUAAGCGUAUUUUAGUAACGUUUAUUUGUAUGUUUUAAUUUUAAUUACCAUCGUAAAAUGCACUCUCGAUACUUUUAUUUGGAUUUGGAAUUAGAUUUGAACACUUCACUCAGAUCUGAGUUGGCAGUUCAAAGUAUAUUGCAAGAAGCUACGCAACAAUUGUUCGGUGAGUGUUGCGGCGUGCGGGCGGACGUACUGCGCGUGCGCGAGGAGCACGGGACGGCGCACGUGCUCGUGCGAACCCGUGACACAUACCUGCGGAAACUAAGAGCGGCGCUCGCGCUCACGCCGCGGAACAUACGCGUAGUCGCCGAGGCUCCAUCCUUGCAGGCACUGAUUUAAUCCACCGCCACGAGUAUCGCGGAGAGCAUGUCGUCGCGGCGCGUGUGGGAGACGGGCGAGGGCGGCAAGGACGUGGUGGUGGUGGCGGCGCGCGAGGAGCUGUCGGCGCCGAGCGCCGCGUCGCUGCCCGCGCCCGAGCCCGCGCCCGGCCUCAUCCUGCCCGACGGCUCCAUCAACUGGGGCUGCCCGUGCCUGGGCGGGAUGGCCACGGGGCCGUGCGGCACGCAGUUCCGGGACGCCUUCUCCUGCUUCCACUACAGCGAAGCGGAACCCAAAGGCAGCGACUGCUACGAAAAGUUUAGUAUAAUGCAGGAGUGCAUGGGCCAGUACCCCGAACUUUACGGCAAGGACGAGGACGAGGACGAGCUGGCGGCGGCGCUGGAGCAGGCCGCGGACGCUCCCCCCUCCGAGCGGGAGGGCCCCGCGGCCCCCGCGGCCCCCGCCGAGAGAGCGCCCCCCGCGGAGCCCGCGCCCGCUCGAGACUGAGCGCCUCUCGCGGUGAUACCGGACGCUCAUCUGGACAUGAGAUAUACCACUACCUGAUGUGUUUUUUAUUAUUUUAGUAUUCAGAUUGAUACUGGAAUAGUAAUAGAAUUAUCGUAUUAAACACCAUUCCUUUUUGUAUGCAUAGUUCAAUUAUAAGUGCAGCUCUGGCGGGAGCCGAGUGAGCCCCUGAAGUAGUAGACGCUACACACGAUUGCAUUCAAUAGGGGCGCCGCGUAUCACCGGUUAGGACCUCGAGCUCACCUGCGUCGCAGCGCUAUGAAAUCAUAAAACGACUGUGUCUGACGGUUUUAUAUGCAAACGUCUUCGAUUCGCUCGCUGGCUCGGGUUUGCUCGAUUAUGUAUAAAGCACAAUUAAACGUAGCGUAUUUUAUUACCGCAUAGUUUUAGUUUGUUUGUUUCUGUUAAAAUAAGUUGACCGUUUUGUUUUAUAUUUCUGCCAAGAAGCUUCGUCUCCGAAUGACGAAUGCCCGUUCUGUAAAGGUGACAAGUAUUGCUUUGAUUUUACAAAGUAAUCCUGUGUAUUUUUAUCGUAAAUAAAUGGUGUAAGAAAUUUA